AGGCGGACACGAAACCCGACUGAGCAUGAGCAGUCGCCAUUGUUUGGGCUAUAGAUUAGCCUAGUACUGUCUAUCUGGAUUCAUACGAACAUUUAAAUUAAGGAACAGUAAAAUUGUAAUAUUAGGUAAAAGGUACGUUAAACUAGUCAUCUUUGCUACUGUAUGACUGAUUAAGUGAACAGAUCGACGCAGAAGAAUGACAGCUCAGAGGAGUGGAUAUCAGCAGUUGAAUAAUGAGGAGGAGUCAGGGGAGGUGUUUCAACAGGCUGCUGAUGCACCUCCACCGUACAGCAGCAUUGCAGCAAGUAACGCAGCUUUUUUUGAGUACAAAGAGGAUGACGUGUUCCCCAAACCCCCCUCAUACAAUGUUGCCACAUCACUCCCAUCAUACGAUGAGGCCGAGAGGAGCAAAGCAGAGUCCGCUGUUCCACUAGUCACUGACCGGGAUGAGGACUUCAUUGCCAGGGAGAGCUUUGACGAUACGGAUCAACUGCGAGUUGGCAAUGAUGGGAUAUUCAUGCUUACGUUUUUCAUGGCAUUCCUCUUCAACUGGAUUGGCUUCUUCUUGUCCUUCUGUCUGACCACGUCUGCGGCCGGCCGCUAUGGAGCCAUCUCUGGGUUUGGACUGUCCCUGGUCAAAUGGGUCCUGAUUGUCAGGUUUUCUACCUAUUUCCCUGGAUAUUUUGAUGGCCAAUACUGGCUGUGGUGGGUUUUCCUUGUUGUAGGAUUCCUGCUGUUCUUCCGGGGAUUUGUUAACUACUCCAGAGUUCGCAACAUGGCCGACCAUUCAAUGUCCACCCUUCCUCGAACCCGCGUUCUUUUUAUCUAUUAGAUUAAAAAUCUCAGGAUAAUUGCGAAAUGAACAAAACGGCAAAGUCAGAGAGCCACCCACAGCUUUUUCCAAUCUUCAGGACAACAAUGAAGAGUACAUCUGCUUCAGACGCCCUUGCAUUUCUCAGUUGUUUGCACAAUGCAACUAAUUUCAUUGGAAUUUUAUACUAAAGGAUUCAACUGUUUAUCAGUGCUUAAAGUGUAGACGUACAGUAUGCAUUCAUUAUGGGGUUUGAACUUGCUUACAUUUGCAUGUAUUUGGCAUUUCAAGUUCCAAUUGGCAGUCAUGCCAUUUUUGUCAAAUUCCCAGUCGCUGUUCGUUUCUGUGGGUUUUCUUUUAAUCGGGGGGGAGGGAGCUUGUGAUUUUACUUUGUGAGUAAAUCUAGUAACUGAACUUUCUUUUGUGAACUAGAAAAAGAGUAUGUAUAUACAGUAUAUGAGAAGAGUGAUAUUAAACGUUAUAAAGAUGCACUUUUAAGAUAUAAACGGAACAACACAGAGGAAUUGCCAGGUCCUUGUAAAGCCAAGAGCAUAUUAGGGCAAAGUUUAUUCGAGAUUAUGUAAGCCCUUUUCAAAUUACUUUCACAAUAAGGACCAAACUACUCAUUUAAUAAAAGCUAAGCCUAGAUUCAUAGCAGUUCAAUAUAAACGGCAAACUAAUUGAGCAUUCAAGCACACCUGAUUAUGUAAUGCGCUUGAUCAAUCUGUGAUCUGGUGUGAAUAGAAUGUUUUAUGAUGCCAAAUGUAGCAGUAGAUGAUUCAUUGAUCUUUGUUUUCAUUGAAGACUUCAGUAUGAGAUAGUGCUUCACAAUAUGUUGUUUGUGAUUUGUAUGUUUUACACAUGUCAAGUAACUUUUAAUAAAUGUAUCAUCUAUGGCAACGCUGA